AUGUCAGCCUGGAUUGCUGAUUAUGUUGCAAGUUGCCAAGUGUGUGCCAGAUACAAGGCUCCUUGCCAUUGCCCAUAUGGCUUGCUGCAGCCACUCACUACUCCAGACAGACCAUGGGGCUCUAUAUCCUUGGAUUUCAUUGAAGGAUUACCACCCUCAAAGGGAUAUGAUUCAAUCCUGGUCAUCAUUGACAGAUUGACCAAGUUUGCUAUUCUGGCCCCUACAUACAAAAUGGUCACAGUGAAACAGACUGCUGUGCUACUAUGGUGUUAUCUGUUCAUCUCAGGAGCAUGGAAAGCAUUUGCUGAUCAAAUGGGUAUGAAACAUUCGCUCAGCACUGCUUAUCAUCCUCAAAUGGAUGGGCAAAUGGAAAGGGUCAAUCAAGUAGUAGAGCAGUACCUUCAUAUGUACUGCAACUAUGAAAAGAAUGACUGGGCCAGUCUGCUCGACACUGCAGCGUUUGUGUACAACAAUACCAUACACAAUAGCAUCAGUGUCUCGCCAUUCUUUGCAUGUUAUGGAUGGAACCUGAAAGCCCAUCCUGACAUUCCCCAACACCUAGGAGUGAAUGAUCCCAAAUGCUCUGAGUACUUGCUCGAUGGUAAAGAGUGCUGCAAGUACCUUCAAGAACAGAUAAGGGAGGCACAGCAUCAUACGGUCGAUCAUUAUAACCAGAGACACAAGGACAUAGAAUUCAAGGUUGGUGACAUGGUUUAUGUCAACCACAAGAACUGGAAGAUGAGGCGACCCACACCAAAGCUGGACACCAGGUUUGCAGGACCUUAUCCAGUACAAGAAAGGGUGGGCCAACGAGCCUAUAGAAUCACAUUGCCAGCAAACCUCAGAGUCCAUGAUGUGUUUCAUGUGUCUUUGCUUGAACCAGCAAAGAACAGUUCCAUUCCACAAUGA